AUGCUCGCGUGUGAGAGCUCACUGCGCGUUCUCGCAAACGUGUGCGUGAGCAUCCUCGCAUCGUUCGCGACGUUCCCUCUCAUCUUUCCUCCGUGGGCUAAGAAAACAAUCGCAAUACACGGCAAUAAGAUGUCAGGGAUGAACCAGCUGGUCGCCACUUGCUGGACUCUCCUCCUGCUCUCCGCUGUCCUCUUCGAGCCUGCGCUGUCCAAAGGAGGACGCGGAGGGUCCAGGGGAUCUUCGCGUGGAUCUUCCUCGCGCAGCUCCACGUCCGGGACCUACCGGGGAGGGGGUGCCUACGGGGGGACCCGCUCCCGCUUCAGGGCGGCGGGGCGGUCGUCCCCGGUGAGGGUGGCGGCGGCGGCGGCCGCGGGGGCGGCGGUGGCGCUGACGGCGGAGAAGUGGUACGCGUCCGCCUACCGCCGCAGCAACGCCCACAGCGAGGAGGACGAGCUGGAUUUCUACAACAGGACCAAUUACUUUGAUGCGCUCAUGUCAAGCUCGACUCAAAACGGAUCUUUUCUGUCUCAAGUGGUCUCGAUCAUUCUUGCCACAUUCUCCCCCACAUGUGGCCACAUGUUGGACUACAUACUGUAG